UUCUUAUUCCUGAAAUCUUAUAGUAACUCUUAAAAAAACCAUAGGAGUGACUCAUACGUUUAAUUACUGUAAUUUAACUAAUACAAAAAAUAACUUACUACUACUGGAAACAUAAUAACCUGAACAUGAAUAACCACCAUUUUAUCUGAUCCUUGUUUUCUUCCAGUUUCAGUUUUGUUUAUGUGAUUGCUGCAUUGCCCAGAGACUUGUGCCCCAUACUUGGCGUGCCACGUCUUGCAACUUUUCUGAUAUGAUUUACCACUCCUGCACUUAUUAACGUUUUAUGAUACCUUUUUCCAUGGUGACAGCAUUUCAGACUAUCCAUUUAAAUUAGCUGUUGAUAGAAGUAUUUACAACCUUCUUUAUAUUCCUGGAACAGUUUAACAGCUGAACAUUUCAGCAGCGCCCACUUUCUGGCACCGUUUAAGCUAGUUACUGCUGGGCGGUAGGCAGUUUAACACAUGAUGCGCCAAUUCAAGAAAAGAAUUCAUUGUUGCCGGGUUACGCAUCCCCCCUGACAACUACAGGCGUCGUCCAGUAAGAAGAGGCUUGCAAUUAAAAGCGAACAUUAUUUCAUAAUGCAUUCAAAUAAGCAGACUGGACAAACAUUCAGUGUUAAAUCAGUUCUUUACUGUUUUACUCUGACUGGGUACGUCAUUUAUUCCUCGUGCGAGUGAAUAACUAUAUUGUCUCUAUUUAAUAUAAUCUAUUUUUGAUAGAUUAAAAAAAAUAUAGGUGACUAUAUUUAACAUACACUGGCUAGUGCUAAUUCACAGGAAUUGGUUUGGCUGUGUGUGUAUAUUUGAUGAAAUUUUAGGCAUUUGAUUAGUCAUACCUCUAUAUAAAUCGUGAACAUAACAUUUGGUAGUUCUUUUCAAACUUUACGUAUUGUACUGUAAACAAAAAUAACGCGUCGAUCGCAAGAUAUUAGGCCUUGUUAUGCAUUUUUGAGAUUAUCACCUCAGUUUUAUUUCCGAUUAUGUUAGUGUUUUAUCUGAAAUGCGCAUAACCAGACAAACUUCUAAAAAUAAAUAAUUGAUAAGGGACCUUGAAGGCGCUCGAAGUAGAGAAGCCGGGACUUCCCUCUUCAAUCAGGCUGACAGCGCAGCCAUCUGCCAGUGCGUACGUGUGCUUUCGCACAGCUCUCGCGCUCCGCCUGCAAACCGCAGGCCGGGUCUACGUGUGGAGACAGCGAUGCAGUUGGAAACUGGCUGGGCGGAUUCAAAGAGUCACGUGUUCGGCUGGAACUAGUAGGCUACAUGCGCUUUGUUUUGUGUAUGACAACAGCAGCGGCAGGAGGAUCUACAAGGUGCCGAGCUGCCCCAGACAUUCAUUUUAAAUCAUCAAGGGUCAUUUUGCUGAGAUCUCGACAUGUUUUUGCUCGACUCCGAUUCACAGCUGGACUGUUUGAGUAACCUGCUCGAGGCCGGAUGUGCUGUCAAUUCCACCGGUGAUCCGUCGGGACAGUCCCCUGCACAUUUGGCCGCGUGCGGAGGGCAAGCCUUCUGCUUGCUGUGGCUUUUGCAAACAGGCGCGGAUGCAAACCUGCAGGACUCUUCUGGGGAGACGCCCAUUCAUAAAGCCGCAAGGGCAGGGAGCCUGGAAUGCAUCAGUGUCCUGAUUGCCAGUGAUGCGCAACUAGAAAUUUGUAACCACGACGGCAAGACAGCGGAAGACCUGGCCUGGACGUACGGGUACCUGGAAUGCGGCAAAUAUCUCAGCACUCUGAGGAUGAACAGGAGCCUGAAACACACCGCACCAGCGGAACGCGUUUCCAUGGAGAUGGCCAGUGGAGGCGGCACAGCCGUGGGACAGAAGCGGACCUGCGAUUUCGGCGUGGUCCCAGACAGGAAGCGGGUGUGUGACUGGUGAUGGCCGACUGGGGAAACAGUGCCAAGUACACACAUCCCGCAGCGGUAGCGCCUGAGACUGCUGAAGAGGUUUCACAAGAGGCAGUCUGCGCUGACUGGUGGAUUUUAAUCCCACUUCCUGUCAAAGUUCACAUAAGCAGAAUUUCUUCCUUGUUCUGGACUAAAACUGUCCAACAACAAGGGCUUCUGAAAAUAGAUGAUGACUCAGAGAUCAGUGGGGAAUAACUGAUCCAAGAUCAGUUUACCUGGUCCUAUACUCCCACAAUCCCCACCGCUGUUUGAGAAAAAGAAUCCACGGUCAGCACUUUGCUGGCAGACUCCCACACCACAGGGGGAAAGUCUCAGAUUCAGUUCUCUCACUCCCCACAGGGGGGCGCACUUGCAAUAAUCUCCCUGUGGUUGGUGAAAGUUUUAAAGAUGCACAGGAGCGAGAGAAGCUCCCUUCCCCAUAGUCUCAGCCAAGAACGAGAGGAUUUAAUCUUCUCAUAAAAACCCUUGAGACUUUAAUACAGAGAAGACUAAGCUGAAAAGCCACUGGCUGGAGAGUGACCACUGAAGCUAAUGAUAGUCUGUGCUGUAGAUUGCUGUCAUUUCUCACGGAUGUAAUGGCAGUAGAUCUCUAAGUUUCCAUAAUGAGAGAUAUGCUCAGCCGGCUGAUCAUAAGUCCAAGGUCUCCAGUAAAUGGGACUAGUCAAACUAAUCAAAACUCUAGCUCUGGGUUGUGACAUUACCCUGUAGUGGAAAUUGUCCUGGCUGGUCUCAUUUCUGAACUCCUGUAUGGAAACACAAGCAUAGUAGGUUGGACCUACUGCAUGCGCAUAGGAAGGCUUUCUUGUUUAUCUUCUGCGAAGAGCAUUUGGUUUUAGUGAGAAAGACCUUAUCUCAGAGUAGCCUGUGUCCAUGCAGAGCAUCCACUUUAUUAGCCCAAGCUAAUUCAAUAGAUCCACAUAAUUUAUGGUUUUGCUAUGCUGUGAGAAACCAUAUAAAUGAAUAUUAUCCUUGCUUUAACAAGAAAAGAAAAAAAACAACACAAGCCUGUCUAGGACAUUGCACAACCUUGUGUAUAUUGUGAAAACGAAAAAAGGUUGCAUACAAAUAACAUUCCUGUUAAACAUUUCAUUUAAAAUAAAAUGUUACACUUUUUUUUA